CACUUGUCGCGCCCGAGUGUCCCUGCUGACGGCUGGGCCCCGCGGUCGCCGGAUUUCUACCUCCCUCCCUCCCUCCCAGGGGCAGGAGAGGGGCGGCACCCGAAGAGGACAAGGGCGAUUUGGUACUGCCUGCCUGCCUGCCUGCCCGCCCGACAGUAAACAGUAACCGGUGGUAAACAACGACGCGCGCAGGCGCAGAGGGGAGAGCGAGUGGUGGCAUCACCACCGCAAUAACGACGACGACGGCACCAGCACCAACCACCACUUUACGAAGGCGGGAAGGCGCGGCACGGGGCAGGAACCCGUCGCGAUUGGCCCGUCCGACGACGAACCGGUCGUUGGCCUCGUGGUGGAUCUGACGCCACCUGCGCGCAGGCGCGGGCGCUUUGCUUCCCCACUGCUCCUCAUCGCGUCGUCGGGUGCCGACUGCGCAAUUCCCCGCGGGGCGGCGCCGUCUCGACUCUAUCUGCCUCGGCGGUCAAUGCGGACGGGGAGAUGAGCGCCGGUGACGGCGGGGAGGAGGAAGAGGAGGAGGUGUUCUACGAGUCGCGGGACCGCUUGCUCUCCUCCUCCUGCUCCUCCACCUCCGCCUCGGACGACGACGACCACCCGCGACGGCGCCGGGACGGGGCCGCCUCCGCUGCCACCGCCGCGGCGGCGGCGGCGCUCGACGUGUGGACGUCCGAGCCGGCGCCCGUGCAGGAGCGGCGGCGGAGGCUGCUCCAGAUGAUGGGGCUCGCCGGGGACCCCUCCUUCGCGCGCCUCGAGAUGGGCCGAUCGGCCUCCUACGACAAGCCCGUCCAAACGGCGCCGGUCUCGCCCAUCUCCCGGUCCAGAUCAGACGGCGCCGUACCGGUUUCGGCAACCAAGCCCCCGCUGGGUAGUCGGUCGCGCCAGGCGUCGUCGGGCUCCUCCGAGGCCACGCCGGAGGGGGAAGAGGCUGACCCGAGGUGCUUAAUCCGGAACCUCGACGACGGCACCGAGUUCGUGGUGAAGGAGGAGUUCGAGCUUCGCGAGGUCGGCACGGGCCGGCAGCUCACCAUGGAGGAGUUUGACCUCUGCGUCGGCCGCUCCCCUAUCGUCCAGGAGCUCAUGCGACGCCAGAAUGUUGCGAACUCCGGUUCAAACAACGACGCGUCCACCCCCAUCCAGAGGUCCAGCUCCGACUCCAGCUACGGCGCAACGCGACACAGGCGGCGCAGCAGCUGGCUCCGGAGCAUCCGAAACGUCGCCGGCUCCAUGGUGGUCAGCUCCCGCGAUCGCCGCAGCAGCGACGAGAAGGACACGUCCUCGGAGAAAGGCGGGCGCCGGUCCAGCUCAGCGACAGAUGACAGCCAGGACAGUGCCGGCGCCGUGCACCAUGGCCCGGAGCGCGUUAAGGUUCGCCAGUAUGGGAAGUCUUACAAGGAGCUCAGUGGUCUGUUCAUGAACCAGGAGAUACAGGCGCACAAUGGGUCCAUAUGGAGCAUCAAGUUUAGUCCUGAUGGCCGGUACCUCGCGAGUGCUGGGGAGGACUGCGUGAUCCAUGUCUGGGAAGUAUCGGAGUUUGAGAGGAGACGAGAGGAGAAUGGGAUGUGCAAUCCACUUGUUGCCAUGCUGUGCAAUGGUUCCCCGGAGCCACAAUUAGCACUGGCCAGUGUGGAUGGGAGCCACUGGGAGAAGAAGCGUCGAGCAAGGUUCUUGGAGAAUCGAAAGUCCGUGAGUUCGGACCGGCUGAUGGUUCCAGAGCAUGUGUUUGCGUUGUCAGAAAAGCCGGUCAGAACCUUUGAGGGGCAUUCAGAGGAUGUGCUUGAUCUCUGCUGGUCCAAAUCUCAGUACUUGCUUUCUUCUUCAAUGGAUAAAACAGUGAAGUUAUGGCACAUGUCAAGAGCUUCAUGUCUGAAAACAUUCACACAUAGUGACUAUGUGACAUGCAUCCAGUUCAAUCCUGCUGAUGAUAGAUACUUCAUUAGUGGUUCACUGGAUGAAAAGGUUCGCAUAUGGAGCAUUCAAAACCGUGAAAUCGUUGAUUGGAAUGAUUUGCAUGAAAUGGUCACUGCAGCUUCCUACACCCCUGAUGGACAGAGCGCAUUAAUUGGUUCCCACAAAGGCAGCUGCCAUAUUUACGACACAUCUGAUAACAAGCUUCUUCUAAAGAAACAAAUUGACCUGCAAAAUAAGAAGAAGUCCAGCCAGAAGAAAAUCACUGGUUUUCAGUUUCUUCCAGGGAAUAGGAAUACUUCAAAGGUAUUUAUUACAUCUGCAGAUUCGCGAAUCCGAGUUGUUGAUGGUUUCAGUCUAGUUCACAAAUUCAAAGGUUUCCGGAACACCAACAGCCAAAUUUCAGCCUGUUUAGCUGCAAAUGGGAGGUACGUGAUCUCCGCGAGUGAGGAUUCCCACGUAUAUAUAUGGAGAAAUGACAAUUCUGAACAGGGCAGAAGCAAGGGUAGUGUUACGGUCACCAAUUCCUACGAAUAUUUCCACUGCCAGGAUGUGACAGUCGCAAUUGCUUUGCCAUCUACUGGUUCGGCAAUGGUAUCCAGAACCAACUCUGGGAAGCAUGAGGAGCUGGAUUGUGUAUCUGAGAAUCAUCUGCUGCAUGCUGUACCUGACAAACUGCAAGAUUCCUCUGAUUUCCAUCCCCAAGGCGGCAAUAUCCUAAGCACCAGUUCAAAUCACAGUGGUGAUAGAGCAACCUGGCCAGAAGAGCUUAUGACGCCAACAAAGCAGAGCCCUCGAUCUAGUACCAGUCUUCCCACUGGUACUGGGCAAGCUCCUAGUCGGUCAGCCUGGGGCUUGGUAAUCGUCACCGCAGGCCGUGGAGGUCAGAUCAAAACAUUUCAGAAUUUUGGAUUUCCUGCUCGAGUAUAGUAGCUAUGAGGCUGUUGCAUGGACUCGGUUGCUGCUCCAACGGCAAACCGGGGGUGAUUUUUGUGUAUAGAUAGGUGGAAAUAUGGGUGAUUUGCACAGCGGUCUGGGAUUGGAUUUUCUUGCUCCUAGGUGCGCCUGCUUGGAACUUCAACUAACCUACGACCUGGCAAGGUGUGGUGAAUUCGUUUGCCCGGAAUUGUACAUGGGAAUGGAGCCCGGGAAAGGACGAGGAUCGUCGGCCGGUUGGACCAAGAUCUUUCGCCAACCAACUUUUCAUCUGUAUUCUCCGUUGGGUCUGGAUUAGCUUUUGUUUCUUCCUCUCAUGUUUACCCCUUUAUUAUAUAAUCUUGUAAGAAGAAAUCUCGGUGCUACAGGAAUAGAAAAGCAAAAAAGAGUUGCAUAGAGUGGUAAAUUCGUUGUACUGGUAUAGCUGGCUUGCGGAUGUUCAUGGCACAUGGAUAUAGGAGUAAUAGGGAAUAGGAAGAGCUGAAAUUUUUUGAGUUACUGAAGCUUUUAAGCCUUGCUUCUGGACGAGGCUGGCAGGUGCGUUUCUGAUGUAUCUGAUGUCUAACUGUCGGUUAUUCAACAGAUAUCCUAUCCAGUUCCUGUUAUGGAUCA